GAAUACGUAAAUCACUGUGGAGAGGAGAACAGAGGAGAAGGAGGAGGAGGAAGGAAUAAAGUUGGAUCAUAAUAGGAAGUGUAAUUAAUUAAGGUGGCAGAAGAAAGAAAUGGAAAUUAAGAGGUUAAUAAAUUGAUGUAUGAGUAACAGGAUAGAAGUUGGAGGAGAAGCUGUAAGAACAAGAAGGUGAAGGAAAGCUCAUUGUUCGAACCAUUCUGAAAAGUAAAGACAAGUGACAUCUGUAACGAAAACACCCAAAGCAACUAUGGAGCCUCUUCUGGCAGUGAAAGUUGGAUGUUUGGUGGCUCUUCUGUUCCUGACGUUGAUUUGUGGGAUGGCUCCUGCCUUUAUCAACUGGUUCCUGAAAAAAAGUGUCACAGGAAUCUAUGAGCUUAUACUUUGCUUGAUCAGCUCAUUUGCCGCUGGCAUCUUCCUGGGCGCGUGUUUGCUUCACGUAGUGGCAGAUUUCCUCUCAGAUGCUGCCGAGCAACUUGCAUAUAUUAAUUACCCUAUGGGAGAGCUGAUCCUGUCAUUGGGCUUCUUCUUUGUCCUUCUCAUAGAACGCAUUGUACUGCAAACAUCUCAGUUUUGUAAACGCAAUACUCAGGAUGGCAUCUCAAUGGAUUCUAUUCCAUCAAGUCCUGAUGACUAUCAAGAAAAAGUUGACCCUCCAAGUGCGAUAUCUAUGGCCCCUGAAAAUCCACACAACCAUGUUCAUACUCAAGUAUAUUCCAGUUCCUCCUUUCGCUCCCUUAUUCUCUUUUGCUCCCUGUCCAUCCAUUCCGUUUUUGAGGGUUUAGCAAUUGGUCUUCAGUCCAACUAUUCCAGUGCUCUUCAGAUUGCAAUAGCUGUACUUAUCCACAAGGGUAUCAUUGUCUUCAGUCUUUCUCUAAAGUUAAUCCAGAGCAUGACCAGACCAGCUUGGCUAAUCACUUACAUAGUGAUUUUCUCUCUUAUGUCUCCUAUUGGGAUAACUAUUGGCAUUAUUGUUACACUACAAAAGACCAGCAUAUUGACUCUGGUGCAGACCAUCCUAGCGGGUAUUGCCUCUGGCACAUUUGUAUAUGUCACUUUCCUGGAAAUUCUCCCACAAGAACUCAAUUCAGGAGAGAGACCUCUUUUAAAAGUAUUCUUUAUAAUUAUUGGGUUUGCAGUAAUGGCAGUCGUAGCUAUAUGGGCCUGAGUAUCAUUUUUUUUUGUGCUACUGAGAACAUUUAGUUAUCAACCUACUUUCUGAAAGACCAAUGUAAGUUACUUACACUUAUAUUUUGGAAAAAUAUAGAACAAACCUGGGCUGUCAACUGAGAAUGAGGAUGUUUAUGGAAAAUUCAGCACUUUGCACAUGCCAUUAAACAGGCUCUUCUAAAUGAAUAAACCAUUGUUAGGUUGGGUCCAGUUACAUUUUAGAACAAGCGAUAUUGUAGGAUUCUUCCUACCAAGAAGUUCAAUGUGUUUCUUCAAUUUCCUCUCAGUACGUCCAUAUCAAACACUACUUGUGUGAGGUACCAAGACGUGAAUCAAUAAGGAAUCUUCAGAAAGAUGAAGCUGGGAAAAUGUUACAUGAGCUUUUCCAUUUUCUUAUUAUGAGUUGGCAUCCUAAUUAUUCUGAGAAUACCAGUGCCUGUGAAUGGCUAAAAUUGGGAUGGCUUAGAAAGAAAAUGACAAAUGGAAUGGGGCAAAAUGAGAUUCCCUUCUGUGGUAUAAUGGGCAAAGAGACCCUGGCUACAGGAACACAAUAGACAUAACAAACUAAGAAUCAGCUGGUGACACAAGAUGUUUCAUGCAUUAAAACUUGUAGAAACAAAGAAUGUUUAGCAACCAUUCGAUUCAAGCUAUUGCACCUACAGCUUUAUUCUGAUUAGUUGCUAUGGGCAACAUGUACACUUGUCCUUUGUUUACUUAAUUCCAAACUCAUUCUGUUUUCUGGUACAAUAUAAGCCCUGUUUCAUUAUGUUCCUUUUAUGCACCUUUGUUUAUGACAAGCUCCUAAAACUUAGCAAUUUCUAAAGCACCUUUGUACUGGUAUUUUUUAGGUUUACAAUGUUACAUUGGGAAGAGGAAUGUAAUAUGCAUGCACUGGCCAGUACUUGAACAAUUAAGCAAGUACAGUACUGGGUCUUUCUCUGGUCUUUUACAUUAAAAUUUCUUACACAAUUACAUAUAAAA